AUGGCUGGCCUUGAGGACAACACUCUGAGGAUGGUUCUGGUGGGGAAAACCGGAAGUGGGAAAAGUGCAACAGGAAACAGCAUCCUUGGCAGAGAAGCAUUUACUUCUAAAAUUGCUGCUCAGGCUGUUACCAAGAAAUGUCAAAGAGUAAUCGAAAACUGGAAGGGGAGGAAACUUUUUGUCGUGGACACCCCGGGGCUCUUUGACACCAAGGAGACCCUGAAGACUACCUGUAAGCGUAUCACUGAGUGUGCCCUCUUGUCCUACCCUGGGCCCCACGCUAUCAUCCUAGUUCUACAACUGGGCCGCUACACUGCAGAGGAGCAGAAAACGGUUGCAUUGAUCAAGAACCUCUUUGGGGAGAAAGCCAUGAAGCACAUGAUCAUCUUGUUCACUCGCAAAGAUGAAUUGGGUGAUCAGACACUGCAUGAGUUUAUAGAAGCAUCAGGGGUAAACCUGCAAAGCAUGAUCAAGGAGUGUGGGAACCACUGCUGUGCCUUCAAUAACAGGUCACGUGAUGAGGCUGAGAAGGAAGCUCAACUGCAGGAGCUGGUGAAGCUGAUAGAAGAAGUGGUACAGGAGAAUGGAGGGGCUCACUUUUCUGAUGCCAUCUACCAGAAUAUAGGGGAAAAGUUGCAAUGUCAGGAAAAGGCCUUAAAGGAAAUCUAUGCUGAUCAAUUACAGAAGGAAAUUAAACUACUUGAAGAGCAACUUGCUAAGGGGAAAAUAUCAGAGCAAGAAAGGAUGGAGAAGAAAAAAAGUAGAAUGGAGUACUAUAAUGAAAGCAUUGAAAAUAUUAGGGAAGAAGCUGAAAGAAAUAUAUUUAAAGAUAGUGUUAAUUGGAUCUGGAAUUCAUAUUCAAAAGUAUGGAAUCUGUUUUGA